AUGGCCACUCGACUGGCCAAGCAACAGGUGCUGGAAUGGCUCAGUACCUACACCAUUGGCCUAGAUCCUGAUCGCAUCAGCUUUUCCUUGUGGGAGGGCGCCGUGGUUUUGGAGCACGUCCAACUCAACUGUGCUGCACUUAAUCAGAUCUUCCACCAGCAGGGCGUGCCCUUGCGCUGCGAGCAUGGCCAGUGUGAGCGUUUGCGCCUGGCCAUACCUUGGCUAUCCCUCGGUGCUGAGCCCCUGUCUCUUGAUGUGAGUGGCGCCUUUUUCCGCUUUCAGCUUCUCACGACAAGCACCGCUGCCGCUUCGACGAAACAAGAGAGUCCAGAACCUUCGUCCGCUGCAACGUUUUGUGAUGCAGAUGGGCACUGGCACGAAGGUCCAGACGUCGUUGCCACCGACUUGGCCGCUGACGACGACCAGGAUAACAGCGACGCUAAACUGGGUGAUGAGACCAAUCCGCCAUCAGCGAGCCUGGCUGGUAAUCGUUUGCUGUCCAACGUUCGGCUACGUCUCGAGCGCUGUCGCAUUGACCUGGUUGUGCCCGAGCUGGACAUUCAAGUCCACGCUCACGUCAGCCUCGUCGAGCUACAACGUGCUUGGCAGACCGAAGCCUUGGACUGGCCCGAUGCUGCAAAUCCGAUUAACAUGGCCACGGGUGCGACCCUUGCAUACUGCUUGCUUCUGACGUUGCUCGAACAUAGGCGUGGUCGCAGUACCGAUGGAUCAGUGAUUACUCGGCUUGGCCUUCGCUUGGCGCCCAUCUGCUGUGACAUCAACCUCGCCACGCUUCUAGCUGCGUACGGGCGAGCCUCCUUCACGCAUCAGCACCCAGUCAAAACUACGGGCAAGGUCGGGGUAACAACAUCUGCGUCUAGUCUUGGGCACCAGCGACGUCAACGCAAGACAAGUGCAUCUGCCUGGAACGUCAACCUGAACCUUGCCAGCUUGGAAUGCCGCGUGCGACUAGGAGUGGCAGUCGAGAACACUGCGACAGGCACUUCAGAUGCAUUCUCAGAAGCCAUUGGAACGGCAACAGAGGAAGGGCCCCUCCCAACAUCCUUGCUCAUUGUAGCACAGACGCUCCAUGUUGAUGGCUAUUGGGCCCCCCAGUCGGCUGAACCAGUUGUAGAGCUAACGUUGGCCCAUGCGCACGUGAACGGCGAUUUGAGCCGGGAUUCACCACUGUUUCAUCUUUCCAAGCUCGAGUUGUGCUGGGGGCGGGCAGACUCUCAGCAGUCGGCUGACUCUGUCCCAGCCGACCGUUUUUACCCCCACCUGAGCUUCAAUUUGGUGACAUUGGCAGUAGCAAUCAAUCCCGUCCAGUUGUCGGUGGUGUCUCAGCUUGUCAUCUUGAUUCGCAGCCUGCCAUCAACGCAGCAGGGCUUGUCAGAUCACGUGUCGUCGCAGUCUUUCCUGCCAAAAAUGGCCUACACGGUCAAAGUGGACCUGCAAAGUGUUUCCUUGGCCAUCGCCGAUGUACAGGGUCCCGUGUGGCAUCACAUUUGGAGCAAGUCACACCUAGUGCUUGAUGCUCGGCCGGCGUAUGUGGCUCUGACAGCUCGCUGGCUCACCGGUUCUUUGAACGCCGAUACGCAGGAUUUGGUGGACCACAAUGGUCAGCUGGACAUGACGGGUGACCUUACGAGCAUACCGUGGCGUCUUCGCUGUCACGGCAGCUUGCCGCCCCUGCAUGUUUCACUUGAAACGCUGAUUCGUCUUCUGACCCUGUUGGACCCCAUUUUUGAUGCUAGUCUUCUGGUUGGCACUCAGGAGCCACAGUCACACCUGAAGAGACAACGUCAGACGACACCUAUCAAGCGCCCAGCUUUACCGGCAGCUACGCCCGUCAAUUUUGACGUUUGCAUCCAGCCAAUAUGCCUGUCCCUCACCGUCCCCAUGGCUUCGAAGCAGCCUUAUGCACUCCAGUGUUGUGCCGGGCCCAUCUUCUCAAGUACCAACGCGACAAAAAUUACUGUCAAGAACGUUUUCAUGGCCGUCAAUGCGCCCAGGGCAAAGGCGGGGCACGCAACAGCCGGCAAGAUCACAGAGAAUGAGCGUUUGAUGGUCUUGGCAAGCGAUUUGGAAAUGGAGCUGGACGUAACAGAUGCUUGGUCUAUACACCUUCGCGCGCCUAACCUUCAACCCAUCCUGUUGGAUCCUCUGCUGCAAAUCGGGGAGCAGGCAACCCUCAUCGUGCAACGCACGCUGAAACCGGCAGCCAGCAGUCGCCCGGGAGAGAUCGGGGCACACAAGCAUACUCGAAGCUGGUCCACGGUCUCCGUGCUGUCUGACAUGGGUGAAUGGCAUCCAGAAACCCCAAUUUUGCGCGUCAGCUGUCGCGUGCCAUUGCUUUGCGUGCGAGCUCAGGGCGCUGCAUUGCAGAUUGCGCAUUUGAACGUGUCAUUGGGCCUGAUCCCUGUGGUCGAGGUGGAUACGCAGUUGACAUGGAAAGAGCUCAACUGGACAAGCUUUGCCAAUCACAGACAUGCUGUUGUGCGUGGUGUCCUCAUGCCUGCGGCUGGUGAUCCACGCCUUACACUUAGGGGCACCGCGGCCGAAAUGGCUGUGUCUCUACCGGCGUUCAAUCUUAACCUGGAUCUUGCACACGCGUCGACAGGGAUGACACCGUCCGCGAACACGUGCACAACGUCGCAGGCUCACAAAUCCACGCUGACAAACCCGGCACGAAUGGUGGCCGUGGCGCUGUCAUCACACUUCUGCCAUUUUGGCGGAAUGUGCUGGCAUGGCUCCAAGCUGCCCCAGCCAAGCAAACACCAAUGUCAGCCGAGUCAUCAGACACUGUGCCGAGCUCGGCGCCUGAUGAACCCAACUGGCAAAAUCAUCGACAUGCAAGCCAGUGCAGUGAUUUGCACAGCGGUGCCUUGCGCCUGGCACACGGUUCGGGAAUACCUACGCCCCGCCAACUGCUUUUGUCCGACAAUGGCUACACAACGCUUCAUGCCUCUGGCCGAGCUUUGUGUUGGGCCAGGAACAACGACGCACCACAUUUCCCGCGCUCAUGCCGCCCAUACAUUCAAAGUAAUUAUUGUACUCGGUGCCGAACAAGGGUCUCUCUCGGCGCCGUCAGCGGCUGUAAACCCCAACGCCUUUCUAACCUCUCGUGGUAUGCUGAUUGAACAGCUUGUGCCAAGCAUGGCUGGGAGCGGGGAUGUGCAGCAAGGAUUGAUCAAGUGUCCCAGCGCAACUGAGCUGCUUGGGGCCGUCGACGUUCGCAGUCAAGAGGCACCCACUCAAACAUGGAUCCAAGCACAUGGCGAGAUUGGCGAGGUGGCAUGCCGCAUUGAUGAAAGCUUCUCUGAUACGGAACGCCAAUCAACCACACUUCCCGUGAUAGCAUCGCAAUGCUUAGGUGCGGAAGUCACGUUGGACCUGGAAGAUUUGAAUCAUGUGCACGCCAGUCUGUCGUUCUCAGCACUAGACCUCGAGCCUGGCCCUCCGUGUCAAGGCAAAGUUGUGAAGGUAGAGCAGUUUGAGAUGACAGGAACUUUGCACCCUCAGCGAAUGGCACUGGGUUGCCAAGUUGGUUUGAUUGACUUGAUGCUCAAUGAGGACUGGAGUCACGUCGCAAACCGCAUCCGCUCAGCGGUUCAGAACCCAUGCACACUGGCAAGGUCAACAGCUGCGGCUGGGCAUUUUGCAAUGGAAGCCGCGGUCGCCGAUUUGCCUGUAGUCCCCAUUUUUUUGCCCGAGGUUGGUUGUCAUGCUGCCGUGCAGCCCGGUGGUGAGCAGGUUGUAGUCUUAAACCUGACGCCAUUGGACUUGUAUUGGGACAACGGCUUGGCCAUUCCUACCCUGGCAUCUACUGCAAUGACUUGCACGCAACUAGCCACAAUGUCUUGGGCCCUUGUCAAUCGUGCUGGCGACCACCUGGCUGCAGCAGCACCCUUGGUGCCCAGCUCCAAGCGCAUCAUGGUUGUCCAUCAACAGCACAGUGCUGGUGAAGCAAGACCCGUAAUGCUUCACACUCAAUUCGCGGGGCACGUCUUGCGCAUUCGUACAAACGCUACUUGGAAUGCUCAAUUGGCUUUGCACAUGCCCACGGGGCAGAUUUGGACGGCAAGUGAAAUUUUCGCUCCUUGGUUUCAGUUGACAACGACAUCGACCGUAUAUAUUCGGCAAACGGAUGGUGUGCUUUUUAUGGCACGUACUGCUCGGUCUGCGGUGAUUGAUGGCAAGGAUUCUGAUAGCCUCAAAGUGGAAGCAAUGCCCUUCGUGCGGGUUCACAACUACACCAAUGUAUCUUGCCGACUAGUUCUUGGUCCUCGUGACUCUGCGAGCUGGGAGAUUGAACCUGGUGUUUCCUGGCUUCUUACAGAUGAAAUGCUGCGAGCCGCUCAAAUCACCUCUUUAGUUGAUCUUGAUCUUUCGCUGACGUGUGGUGCACAUGCAACGGCCUGGACCGUGGGUCAUUCGCUGCCUUCAGAUCAUGACUUGCAAGUGACAUGCGAACCGCUCCUGGAUGGACAAGCCUACGUUUUCGGUCUGCGAGGACUUUUUUGGCUGCAGAACUCAACUCAGCUGCCUGUUGAGGUAUCAGGGUCAUUUCCAUGCCCAAGCUCGCUCACAGGUCCUGGACAAUUUGCUGGAGGUCACAUUGGGCCAUCGCAGCUACUCUUUAGUUCAAGCACAACCGUAUCUACCAGGCCUGCCGCAGACGCCGACGGCUCGCCGCCACCCGUGCUCGAGUUGCGCGUUCCCCACUACGGAAUCAUCUUGCAGACUAGCUGGCCAGCUUCACGUCCAGGCUCGCGUCGUUUGAUGCCGGUGGAUGACUUGGUCAUCCGGCCAGUGCUUCACGUGUCUUGGGAUGCACGUGGAGCUCGCAUCCAAUCACGGCCCGAGCAGAAGCUUUUGACUUUCAUAGGUCCAGCCCAAUCCGAAGCGCAUUCCUUUGAAGUACAGGCACAUGUUAUGUCUAUGUCGGAGCGCGGGGGACAUCGGCAAGUGUUGCUUCAUGAGCGGCAGUGGCAUAUGCUUCCACAUCGUAUCUUCUGGGACCACAGCGGCCAAAGUUGGCAUCUCAAUCUGAACGUAAGGUUGGCUGCCUCUGAGGCGGUGGCCUGGCAAUUUUCAGCUCACAUUGGGCCAACUACCAGCCAAGUGCGCACCCGUGUUGAUGAUCCAGACGCACCAUCGCUUCUCGUCAUGCAAACUGCUUAUGGCUGGGAAGUUCGCCUGAUUGUGUCAGAGCUACCCCACGUUUUAUUGACGGGUCGCGUUGGACGCCUGCGAUGCGUUGUGGGCAAACAACAGAAGCCUGUCAUGGCUGGGCACGUUGUUGAACUUGAACUGCACGCCGCGGCGGCGCAGGACUUGCCCUGCGAUUUUGGUCUGACUCUUCAAGACGUUCAAGUACACAGCCCCUUGCUUCGUCGUGAUCGACUUGUUGUUGCGCGGCUUGGAACCGAGCCGGCAUGUCGCGUGACCGGGUCGGUUCUUGCUUCACGUGGCUUGAUCCGCUCUUUUGAGGUCAUGCCAGGCUUUUUGGCCGUGCAUUUGGAGCCAGAUUUGGUAUCGGAACUGCAUGCCUGGGCGGCUCGAACAGUACCAGCACUGCAGCGGGCCUUGGGGUUGGCGCAGGAGAGGCAUUCAGAAUAUUUUGAGCACGCUUCAAACCCUCUUGAAGCUGCACAUCCCUUGCUGAUCGCUGCAUGGCGCGUGGCGCCCUUUGCAAUCCGGCUCACAUCGCGGCUGGACCUCGGCAGCCUUCCUCAAGUGGAUAAUCUCACGCUGCGGCUGAGCGAGCUUGUCAUUCGUGGACCAUCAAACUUUUCAACACCCUCAGGGUUUCUAGAGGUCGUAGCAGCUCAUUACGUGGCGGAUAUUUGUCUUGGGGCCGGCUGGUUGGUGCCGAGUCUCGCCAUUUUGGGUAGUCCAAAGGCCAUCUUUGAGCGUCUUCAAGAAGAGCUGCACCAUACAUUUGGGAAUGAGUGGGCUGGUGCCUCCAUGUCUCGACGUGCCACCCGGAUCCUACAAGCAACUGCUGUCCACUUGAGCAGCGAGCUGGCGGAGGGUGCCUCCACUGCAGCGCGCGAAGCUUCCCGGGGCAUCGAGUUUCUUCAUCAUGAUGUCGACUUUCACAGCUUCCGGUAA